AGUUCAAGCUGUCCGGCAGCUGAAACUUUUGGUCAUUCGUCAGUGAACCGUCGUGCGGCUCGAAACGCGACGCGAUCAUUUGGAUAUAGCAGUACGAUCCAAGAAGAUAUAUAAACACGAUUCUUCUUCGCCGAAGAACGAACGUUUUGUCUGUGCCUGUGUGUGUGUGUUUGUUUAUUUGUGCGGUGUGCGUGUUACCAUUUGCAUUUUGGCUUUUUUAGCUUUAACUUCGCUUCGAUUUUCGAUUUUCGUUCCAUUUCGCCGCGUUGCAUUUGCUCAGCGAUUGCACUUCUCGGUCUUAAGCUUUUCGUUUCAACGGCUUUCGUUAUUUUUGGUUUGAGGGGGCCUUAAAAUAGCCUUUUGCCGUAAUUACUGGGCUGGCCGCAAGAAAACGUGUUUGUGUCUAAACUACAGUUACAACCAGAGCAGCAGCUGCAGCUGCAUUUCACUGAAAAGUGUUUGCCGAAAAAAUAGUAAAAGAAGAAAAGAAAUAAAUAAGAAAUAAAGAGAAAAAAAGAGUGCUCGGAAAAGAAAGGAAAACGUCACUCGGCGUGCGCGUUCUUCUUCCAUUUGUUCGCCAGUUAACAUUGUGCUCAUAAUUUAUUGUACCCCAGCUAUAUGCAAAUAGAAAGCAACAAAUUUGUACAGCAAGUGGAAUAUUUCAACGUUUAAUUUGGAACCCGUAAAAAAACUCCAAAAAAGCGCUGCAGCGUUUAAUGGCCAAUGGAUAAAGUGAGGUUAGUAGGACAGAAACAGAACGAGAAAAAAUAAAAAUAAGUACAACUUUGACUCGGGGCGUCUUAGGUUCACUCCAGUUAGCCAACGAAGAGAAUCGGAACUCACUCAGCGGCUAUUUCCCGCGAAAGAUAAAAAAUAAAAGAAGUAAAUAAUUCGAGCAAAAACAAACCAAAAGUCAUUGGACAAAAGACACACCGGAGGCGAGACACCGAGAUUAAGCAGGCAGCAGGCGGUUUUCAGCUGAUGAGCAACAAAGGACAGAGUGCAUCGGAGCCAUUAAUUUAAAUUGGGUAUUAUGAGCGCAAUAGCAACAAGGACAGAAAGCUCAUGUACGACAAGUCAAAGAAAUCGUGGAGUCAGCGGCUCAAGACGCUCGGCAGCGGUGACAGCGUGGACAAGAACGCUUCUCUAGCCGCUGUCAGCGGGAUGCAGGCCAUGCAGCAGUUGCAGCUGCACAUGCAGCAGCAGCACCAGCAACUGCAGCAGCAACAUCAGCAGAUGCAGCAGCAGCAGCAACAGCAACAGCAGCAGCCACACUUGCCCCACCAUGGGCACCACCAGAUGGUGAGCGCCUAUCAACUGCCACCGGUUUCCGCCGCCGAAUUUCUGCCCAGCGCCCUCUCACGUUCGAUGAAGUACGCGGAACCCUGGAUCUAUGGAACUGUUCGAGGGAUUCCAGCACGUCCAUCCUAUGGCUAUCAUCCCCAUGCAGCUGCCAUUUUCGCGGCCACAGAGGGAGUUCCGGGAACCACAGCUUUGGCCGUGGUGAUCUGCUCCUGUGCCGAGUAUUUGAAUGGCACGAAACGUGACGUCAAGAAGGCGAGCGUGUGCAAGAAGUGUAAGGGGUCCAGGUUACCCCUGGCCACCAUUGGCGGUACCGGCGGCACAGUGCGUCUGCCAGCUGUCAGCGGUUCGAGCAACUCGCGACGACCCAUGGCGGCCACCAUGCGUGUGGUGAGUGCCACGAAAAAAUCACGUCCCUCUAUCCUGGAUCCGCAGAAGGAUCCCUAUGACCUGAUGCGACGCACGCGACUCUUGUCCCCGGAACCCAGUUCCAAGGAUGCGGACGGAAAGUCACGUAGUCGCACUGAAACGGGGGGAAAUCAGCAGAGGGGACGCACCCGAACUAGGGCACCUCCUCCACCAGCCCCGAGCCAGAAAUCUCAAGGGGUAAUGGUUUCCGCAGUACCCGAUCCCACGGACUGUUGGCUCAUGGAGGAUAAUGAAUCCUUGCUCCAGAGCAGCGGCCUGGCUUCUCGGGCCUCUAGCCGGCGAUCCAUACUCCGUUGCCACGUCAAUCCCUAUGACCUGAUCUCAAGCGAAAAUGGAAAGCUCCAGAGUAACCUAAGGAAACCCCAUGACCCCUUCAAUGUGGCCGAUGCUCAGCUUAACGAUGACGAUCUGGAGCGAAAGAGAAGCACCAGCAAGUUCUACAGCGGCAAUGUGGCGGCCAUAGCUGGCCAACGUAUUAGCCUGGGCGAUAAAUCCGGCGAUAGCUCCGAUCCAGGUGACAGCUAUGAGCGAAUUAUUAUAGUUUCUGGAGGAGAAACGUCGUCUAAUGGACCGCGACGACCGCCGCGCAAUAAAAAAGCGGAUGAGCCAGAGGAAAUGCCCGCGGCAACAACAGCAGGAACGGCAUCAACUCCUGCAGCAGUUGCAGCAGCAAUAGCAACAGUCAAGCCCAAGGCUGUGACUCUACUGGAAGUGGAGCAAAAAGUUGAGGACAAAGGUUCGACAUAUACAGUUCUCACUGUAACGCCCACUUCGCCAGGCAUCAAGUCUAUAUUAAAGCGCCCCUCUACUCUCGAGUUGCCUGGAGUGGGAAUAACUCCUUUGCCACUUCCUCCGAAUGACAAUUCUGGAUUGGUGACGCCCGCGGGCAAGUCACAGUUCUAUAUUCCAACGCCAACGGGUACAGCUGCCACGCCCACGCCCAACAGUAUGACGCCCAUGGCCACAUCAACACCUACACCCACUGCCAUUGGUGCAGCAAUCACGCCGGGUUCACGCAAAAAAGUGCAAUUUAUGGUCGAGGAUAAAAUCAUAGCCACGACUGCGACAGCGGCGACAACUGAUGACAGCGAUGCCAGUGUUGCUGCAACGAAAACAAACUACGAAUACUACAAUCGCAAGCGAAAUGCAGCAGCAGCAGCAACAUCAACAGCAACAUCAACAGCAGCAGCAACAACAACAGCAGCAGCAACAGCAACAACAGCAGCAGCAACAUCAACGGAUCAGCAGGAGGCAACGCUGUUUGCGGCUGACGUUGAUGAUGAGCAUAACUUUACAACUUCCGCUGAGCCAACUCCGUUCAUAAAGCCGGAUAGUUUGCAUUAUGAAGAUGUUCUGCCCGGGCCCCAAAUAUUUGACAGCAACGAACAGCCAGCUGCCGGUGGUUCUUCCUCCUCCAAAUUAUUACUGCCAGCGGACGGGUCGCCGCAUGUCACUGUGAAUCCUGUCAGCGUUUUACCAACUGGCGCAUCCAAUGGAGUGGGAGAAGCGGGAGGACCCGGACCAGGAGCUGCAGGAGGAGAGACACCAGCAACAGCUUCACAACCAGCAACCCAAAAGACGACAGCAGCAAAUCGCGAUUAUGACGAUGAUGACGAGCACAACGACAAGGAUGAGAGUCACGACAACAAACCAACCAACGACUUGGCUGAAAGGGACCAGGAUCAGGACAAGGACAAGCAGCAGAAAAAGGAGACGGAGAUUUCGAGGCAGGAGAAGGAGAAGGAUGCUGUUGGAAAGCCUGCGGCAAGUCAAAAGCGUGCAGCACAAACGACACAAUCGCGAAAUCCCAUCAGACGGGCGCAUAGUGAACGGCAUUUGUCGACCGCGCCUUUGGCCGCCACCACCUCCGGCCACGGCCACGCCUUCUCCGGCACCGUCGCUGGUAGAAACUGCCACUCCAUCCCGACGACUCCAGCCAGUGGGCCGCAGAAUGUCAUUUUAAAUUUUAAGGACACAAUGGCGCUGCGCAUAAAAAGCAACCGCAGCGACUCGAGAGAUUUAUUUCAAAGGCGGCCCACGGAGCCACCACCUCCACCUCCCAAAGGAGCAGGCAAAGGAUUAGAGCCGUUGCCACACGAAAUCAAUAAGUCGCCUCUAUCGCCCCAAAGGACGGUGGUUCGGGUUGCUCCGUUCAAGCCCCAGCAGCAGCAGGUGGGUGGUGUCGUUGGUGAUGGCUUCACCCAGGAGGUGCAUCGCCUGAAGAUCUCGCACAGCGAGGAUGAUACAGAUUUGGGCGUGGAACUCCGCCGUAGGCCAAACACCUAUUUGAUUUCCCCCGAUGAAGAGGACGCUGCGCCUAAGAAGACUUCCAUUCUGAUUAGCGGCGAUGAUUGCUAUUCCACCAUGAACCUAAGUGCAGAUGCCGCUCAGCCCCUUUACCAAUCCUCCGUUGUGGUCAAUAGCCACUCGGCCACGAGUGUCUGCAUCAACGUGAGCAGCGCCGAGGAGCAGGAGCAGGAACUGAAUCAACUGAACACUCUGCGGAGCCAGCAGAUGGGAAUGGGCAUUGCCAUUAUACCCAUUCGAGGAGCCAGCGAGGUCAACCUUCAGAGAUCGGUGUCCUGCAUCUCCUCAACAUCGAGUAGCUCCACUUCUAGCAGUAGCAGUUCCAGCGGGCGGGGAAGGACUCUUAUCCGGUUGGAUUACGAACGGGAGAGGAAGGGAUCGGCCACCAGUAGUACACCCAUCAAUACUCCCCCUGUCAUAAGUUCCACGCCAGCUACUCCACCUCCCCCAGACUCACCCAGUGGAAGCAACAAUCCUUUGGUUCCCCACGAGACUGAGCUCCUCAAGAUCCUCCGCAAUCCUGUGGAGGCAGUGAAACUUAACCUGGUACCACAUGUCUGUGGCUUGCGAGCUCCUUCGCGGGAUAGUGGAAAAUCCAAGAAAAUUCAGGAAGGGGAGCUAUCAACUUCGCCACCCAAGGAACCCGGUUUCAUAGCCAAACUCUUGCAAGAUCCUAUGUUGGGCCAGGUGGCCGAGGGCCUGGAAACCGAGACAGUGGUGGAACUCAUUGAGAACUCACUGCAUAGACUCCAGCAAACCCGUCGGGGAAUCGACAUGAGCGGCACCAAAGACCACGACGACAUGAACCGCCUGAUCAGCGCCUCGCUGCAACGCAUCCGCUUGGAGCGACAGCCGGCGACAACUGGAAGUAGUGCAACCAAAGAGGAGGACCGCCUGUCCAAUCGGGGCAGCAUUAGUUCCGCCAAUAGCUUCGCCUCUGCCCACAACUACGAGCUCUUCGAUUUCGAUGGCGGAGCGGGUGGCAAUGAGUCGGAUUGCUAUCAGAGCUGUUCCAGCGAGUUGACUGCCUCUGGUGUCCUGGAAGAUGAUUCUAUUAGUACUAUAAAAGAUCCCGAAUCGGAACUGGAUACUGCCACGCGUGCCAAGUUCUACCAGCUCUUGGUUGAUGCCACGCUGGCUGAGAUCGAACACUCCACGCAUAUGGAUCAGAAUUUGGGAACUGACUCGGAACAUCACUACGAAUCGAUUAGGCAUAGUGGAGAUCCUAUUUAUGAGGAGAUCCAUGAGGUUCCGCCGCCACUGCCACUUUCUGCUCCUCCUCUAAAUGAUGCAGAGCUGGACAAGAAGGCUGCACGUUCCAUUUUCGAAGGAGCCUCCAAGUAUGAUAUCCUCUCUUACCUCGUAGAUGCCAAGGAACGAGGUUUGGCCAGGGAAGAGAGCUUCGAUUAUGGUAACAACCCCAAGAUUAUUGAAGAGGAAGCUGCGGAUACCCUGAGCGACUUGGACAAGCGACAAGCGGAGGAGCGGGAAAGGGAACGGGACAGUGGACAGAGCAGCAUGAGCUCCCUGUCCCCACCGCCACAUAACUUUAUUUGCGGAGGAGGAGGAAAGUCAUCCGGGAGCGAUGUUGAACGACAGGACUCCGGAGUAGGCUCAGAAACUAGUAAGACAUCCCGCAGCAAGUACCAGGCCACACCUACCGUACUCCACCUGUGCGAGGACUGCGAUGGAGCCGUCGAGAUGCAGGUGGGCGACGGUGGAGUCCUCUACGCUCCAUUGGUCUGCCGAAAAUGCGGAAAGAAGCGCGUGGAGCGCAAGGAGAUCAUCACGGAGAUUGUGGAGACAGAGGAGAAGUAUGGCAGGGAUCUGCAGAUCAUACUGGAGGAGUUCUGCCACCCCAUGCUGGUGGCCGGCCUGCUCACCCAGGAGCAGCUCUCUGCGAUCUUCCUCAAUACGGAAGAUCUGCUCGAGAACAACCAGACGCUGGCCGAACGAAUGCGCGACGCAUUGGACAUGUCGCUGGAGCAGGGCGACGAUGACCUACUGACGGUGAACAUCGGUCGCAUUUUUCUCGACUUCACACAGAUGCUGCACGCCUUCGAGAGCUACUGCGUCCGCCAGGCGGGCGCCAGUCUGCUCCUGGCCAAUCUCGAGAAGGAGAAGGAGCUGCUGCGCAUCUUUCUCAAGGUCUCCCAAAUGGAGAACGCCGUACUGCGGCGCAUGAAUCUUAACUCGUUUUUGAUGGUUCCCGUUCAGCGCGUUACGAAGUAUCCCCUUCUACUGGCCCGUCUCUACAAGGUCACACCCUCCCAUCUAGAUGGUCGCGAUCUGCUGAAACAAGCCCAGGAGAAGAUUGAACUGCACCUGAACCACAUCAACCAGGAGGCCAAGGAUGUGCCCACCAAGCUGUGGCGCCGCAUCAGCUCCUCCAGUCCAAAUAGACGUGCCUCUUGCGAGAUUGACAUGAUCAACAUCAAGCUACGUAAAAUGGCCAUUGAUAUUCUGGAAUGGAACCACGAUGAGGUGAGAUUCGCCAUGGAAGGACGACUGCUCUACACUCAGCCCACGGAUAGUAAUUGGAAGAAGGCCCGCACCAUCAAGCUGACGCCAGUCAAUGCUCUGUUGGUUACCAAUGGCAAGCCAAGUGCCAAUUACAGGGCAGAGAAGGCCAUGUCGGAAAAACUGAAUUUCCCGAAGCACACGGGCAUCCGCGAAGCCUCCCUGCUACUGGUGAAGGAAAAGUGCGGACGGUAUACGCUGAUCCGGGAACCGCUCUAUCUGGACAGAUGUGUCGUGUGCAGCGAAGCGGAUUGGGAUGAUUAUUUCGAAGUGCAGGAAAUUUCAUCGAAGGACACAUUCAUAUUCAAAGCGGAGGACGGCGUAAGGACGAAACAGUGGUACACACAGCUGCAGUACCAUGCCCAGGGCAUGGGGGCGUGGCGUAAGAGGCGUAACGCACUGGCCAACAUCAUGAUCAACGGAAUGCUGGCACGAAGCUAGCCAGCCCAUCGAUGAAUGAACAUGACCAAACCAUGACCAUUCCACCGGACACCACUGGAUACCGAUUAGAUGGCAAAGGACAUAAAACUCAACAAUUGGUUAUGCAUUUAAUGUGUAUUUAUGCGCUAUUAACCAACGAGCAAUUUCGUUUCGUAAUUAUAAUUUAAGUGAUAUACAAUUGAAUCGAGCACGCAUAACGCUAGUUAGUGUUUACAUAAUACCUAUAUCUAUACCUUUACCUAUACAUAUACCUAUAUUAUGCAUAUAACCAUACGUACGUACACACACACACACACACACACACGAAUACCCUGAAUACAAUGCAAUAAAAUACCAUACACUAAUUAAA